AUGAAGUGCUUACUAGUCGCUACCACCCUGUUGAUCGCGUCCGUUACGGCGUUCCCACAGUCCACCUCCGGCAGUUUCUACGACUACAUGUGCGCCGGAGUGCUGACCGGCGUGCGACAACAUCCGGACAACUGCUUCCAGUACAUCAAGUGUGACCAGGGGAGUAAGCCUACCCUUCAGGUGAAUCGAUACUCCGAAUUGUGUGACCAUUUCCGGGCCGAGGUCGAGUCCUGCCCGCAGAGUCACAUCUUUUCCAAGGAGAGCAUCGUUUGUGUGGUCGGGAACCCGACGACCUGCCAGGAGGGAGCCGUUGUCGAGUCGGAGGUGGAACCGGAAGUGAGCUGCGCCGAGGGCUACCUGGGCCGGAUGGCCUGCCCUGGGGAGUGUGACAAGUACUACGACUGUGCCACGGGAAGAGCUCAGCUGGAGUUGUGCUUCGAGGGUUACGUGUACUCGGAACGGUUCCGGACGUGCCUGCCCGGGUACCAGGAUCUGGACGGAAGUUGCAAGCUGUACAGUGGGCUGUGAAUCUGGGGCGAGGACUUUGAUAAGUUUAAGCUAAGUUAAAGUUUGUCAAACAAAA